AUGCCCACACUUUCGGCACGCCAGCAGCCCGAACAGCAGGAGCUGCUAGAGCUGGAAAGUCCGGCUUUCGCGAUCAUCCCCAGCGAGCAGACGUACCGAUCGAGCAGCCUGGGCAAACCGAACGCGAUCGUACGCCCGCUACGGCACGCUCGCGAACACCGCGAAGUGAUCGAGGGCCAACACAUCGUGAACCUGCAUCCGGACUACAAACUGCUGCACGAAAUCGAGACCCAGCUCGUGCGCGGUACCAUCCGCGUGAAGGACGAUCGAAGGGAUCGCGGUGAGCAGCCGACCAACGCGGAUCAACUGCUGCAGCGCUUGAGCUACGGGUCAGAUACGCAAACCUUGGGACCGGGUGAAAAGCCACCCAAUACCCGACAGCACGAGUUCAGCCGCGAGCUGGACGCUAAACUGCGAAAGCUGCAGAGUGACUCCUCCAAGCGGUCGUCUAAAAAUGGCAGCACGCAGGAGGUGAACGUCAGAAAGCGUCCUCUUUUCAUCACGACCGUGCCGAAGGGUGUUUUUCUGCAACCGACCAAGGAGCUGCCUGUGGGCACCAGUCAACGCCGGUUGUAUGCGUUCGAGAGCCGUCCAAGGAUCCUGACAGCGCCCAGCCUCAGCAACAACAACAACAACAACAACAACAAUGACAUCAACCAUCCGAAUCACAACCACCCGGGCGAGUACGUCUGCAAGCAUGGCAGCCAUCAUUACGGGAAACCGUCUGCUCCAAGGAUACAGGCCGAGGAGGUCGUGCGGAAGGCCGUACCAGUGACGGAACUGCAAUCGAUCGCCCAUCGGACCCGCCCGGCAAGAGACCAACAGCAGCAGCAGCAACUCCAGCAGCAGAGUGGAGGUAUAACUUACCAGAAUGUGAUGCACGAUCGGCGAGUCGUCCGGGGCAGUAAUUAUACCUCAACGAGCAACCUCCAAGUGGGCCAUGUUAGCGACACCCCUAACAUGCCCCGGUGGAACCCGUACUUCGGUUACGCUGGUCUUCUAUCAGGAAAGGGCGAUGGUGACGGUGCACAGAAAGAGGCGGAAGCCCGGCGACGUCAGAUGCUGCGCAAGAAGUACGUCUCACGAAACCAACGUGGCAUCAUCGGAACACCGCCUCCUGUUCGAGGACGGCGCCACGAGACGGUACAGACGGAGAAAUACCUGGAAGAGCUUUUCCUACACCCUCCAGAGCUGGAUGCCGGCUGUCAGACAGAUUUGUUCCUACACCGGCCACCCUCGCCACCGUACGUCCCGGCCAAAACCGGCUGUGACGCGGCCACAGAGAUCCUGGACGGUGAGCUGUUCGAUUUCGACACCGAGGUGCAGCCAAUCAUCGAGGUGCUCGUUAGUCGCACGCUCGAGCAAGCCCUGGUCGAGGUGCUGCACGAGGAAGAGAUCGCCGAGAUGAAGCAACAGCAGCAGAAGAUCCUGGCCCUGCGUGAAGCCGAACUUGUGGAGUUGCAUCGGUUGGAGCAGGAGGAGCGAAAGCGGCAGGCCGAACGGGAGCGACGCUUCCUGCAGGAUAAGAUCGCGCGUGAUCUCGAUCUAGAGAUGCAGAAGCGGAUUACAGCGGCGAAACUGCUGCAGGGUCGGCUAGACGAGAUCGUCCCCGAGGUCCUGGCGACUGUUGACAAGAUCGAAACGGAAAAGGACCGGGCUGAGUUCGAGCGACAGAUCACACCCUGGCUGGCUAAGGAGGUGGCCCAGGAAAUUGGCCAGUGGAUCGAUUCGAACGAACUGCUGGAAGAUAUCAUACGCGAGAUUUUGGUGCAUAAAAAGAAAAUGCUGGAAGCGCAAGCGGACGACACUGCCGAGGACGCCGAGGACCAGUACGACGAAAUCGAUCCGGACGAAACCGAGGAGGAACGUGAGGCAGCUGACGAGGUGGCUUUGGAGGAGACGCAGCAACAGGAACCAGCGCAGGAUCCGGUGGCUUCUGAAGCUGACGCGCCCGAGGCACCGGCCACUGAAGCCGCCCCAAACGGCGAGUGA